CUUGGGUGAUUACUGUCAUUUCAUUCUUGCCUAACCCCCUACCAACCUCUCACACCCCCAACACACCUGUCUAACAACCAACACACCUGUCUCACUAACACCCAACACAGCUGGCUAAACCACUACCUACCUGUAUAACCACCUACCAUUUUAUCCAGUCCCUUGACACACCUGUGUAAGUCCCACCUACCUGGCUAUAAGAACUUGUUUAAUCAUUUCAGCUUUGCACAGAACAACAACCUAAGAAAAGGAUCUUCUCCCAUCAUGCCUCGGGUGUCGUUCGCCCCUCCCUCACUGUGCUUCACCUUCCUCGCUCUGCUGGACCGCCUCCUCCCCUCUCUUCCCCCCACCGUCCGAGAUGUGGACGUGCCCCCUCUGUUUCGGGAGCGCUUCAUCCUGUCUGGUUACCGUCCUGUGGGCCUGUCGUGGCGUUGUUACGUCCUCAGCCUCUUCCAAAUACACAACGAGACUCUGAACGUGUGGAGCCACCUGGUGGCUGCUGUCUGCGUGGCACUGAGGUUCAUAAUGUUCACCAUCCUGCAAGGAGGGGGGAUCCUGGGUUUUCGGUUGCAGGGUCCUGAAGGUCAGGGGUUUUCUGUGGAUGUUUCCUCGCUGCCUUUGGUCCUCUAUGUUUUUUCUGCCAUCACGUACCUGAGCUGCAGUGCUGCGGCUCACCUGUUGCAGUCCCACUCAGAGCACGCUCAUUAUUCCCUGUUUUUCCUGGACUACGUGGGUGUUGCGGUCUACCAGUACGGCUGCGCUCUGGCUCUGUGCCUGUACAGUUCUGACACCGCCUGGACACAAAGCAUGGUGGGACAGGUCUUCCUCCCAGCCGCUGCCCUCCUUGCCUGGAUAUCCUGCACCACCUGCUGUUAUGCGAAGCUUCGUUUCCGGCGGCCGUACCCGCUUCACAGGAAGCUCUGCCAGGUGCUGCCUAUGGGCGUGGCCUACCUGCUGGACAUCAGCCCCAUCGCACAUCGCCUUGCCACCCAGAGUUGGACAAGCAACUCUGCACUGACACUGCACUUCAUGCAGGUGGUGCUGUUUCUGCUGUCAGCUUUCUUUUUCUCUUGCCCCAUUCCCGAGCGCUUCUCCUCAGGACGCUAUGACAUUGUCGGUCACAGCCACCAGCUCUUCCACAUUCUGCUGUCCUUCUGCACACUGGCCCAGCAGGAGGCGCUGUUCCACGACUUUCUUUGGCGACGCCCAGCACUGGUCAGGGAGUUUGGACAGGAGCACCUCCUGCUGGCCUGCACCUCAUUCCCCUGCCUGACACUCUGCUGCAUGAUGACAGCACUCACCAUGAGGAGGCGAGCUCAAGCUCAGUUUACAAAAGAGCAAAGAUAGAAGAAGAAGAAGAAGAAGAAGAAGAAGAAGAAGAAGAAGAAGGAGGAGGAG